AUGACGACCGUGCGCAUAUGUGUAUGUGGCGAUGAGUCCACCGGAAAAUCCAGUCUCAUAGCCUCUCUCGUCAAGGAUCAAUUCAUCACCAACAAGAUACAGCCCGUUCUUCCCCAGAUCACCAUCCCUCCGAGCAUUGGGACGCCCGAAAAUGUCACCACCAUCAUUGUCGAUACUUCGGCGCGGCCGCAAGACAGGACCACACUACGCAAGGAGAUACGCAAGUGCAACGCUAUCCUCCUCGUAUACUCCGACCAUUACAGCUAUGAGAGGGUUGCUCUGUUCUGGAUGCCCUACUUUAGGUCUCUCGGUGUCAACGUCCCCGUCGUCCUCUGUGCCAAUAAAUCCGACUUGGCAGGACAUAACAAUACACCCCAGGUAGUCGAGGAGGAAAUGCUCCCUAUCAUGGCGGAGUUUAGAGAGAUCGAUUCCUGCAUCCGGACCAGUGCUCGCGAACACCGCAAUGUCAACGAGGUCUUCUUCCUUUGCCAGAAAGCUGUAACACAUCCUAUUGCGCCACUCUACGACUACAAAGAAGGCCACUUGAAGCCAGCCUGCGUUGCUGCCCUAAAGCGAAUCUUCUACCUAUGCGACAAGGAUCAGGAUGGUUAUCUUAACGACGAGGAACUGCGAGACUUCCAAGCGAAAUGCUUUGAUAAACCACUCACUAGUGAUGAUCUCGAGAAUAUCAAGGCAUCUAUCGCGAAAUCAAUUCCAACAUCUGCUAUAGAGAAGGGGAUCGAUCAGCAAGGCUUCCUGCAGCUCAACACUAUAUAUGCCGAGAAGGGGCGUCACGAGACAAUCUGGAUCAUUUUGCGCAAAUACCAGUAUACGGAUAGUUUGAGCCUUGCGGACAAAUUUCUACGCCCGAAGCUCGACGUCCCGGAAUAUUCGUCUGCUGAGCUAAGUCCGGCGGGGUACAGAUUCUUCGUCGAUCUCUUUCUUCUGUUUGAUAAAGAUAAUGACGGCGGCUUGAACGACCUCGAGCUGGAGGCUCUUUUUGCGCCAACGCCUGGGCUGCCAACGUUCUGGACUGAGUCAUCUUUCCCAUCUUCUACUGUUCGCGACGAGGCCGGUCACGUAACUCUACAAGGCUGGCUUGCUCAGUGGAGCAUGACCACUUUUCUCGAGCCAAAGACCACGAUUGAAUAUCUUGCAUACCUCGGCUUUGAACCACAACAUCCAAAGGAGAACCUCACUUCUGCACUUAAGAUAACAAAGCCAAGGAAGAGAAGAAGACGUCCGGGCCGCGUUGAGAGGAAUGUAGUGAUGUGUUAUAUCCUGGGUGCUCCUGGGGCAGGAAAGUCCUCUCUUCUUGAUUCAUUCUUGAAUCGUCCAUUCGAAGGCCUUCAUCGCCCAACCAUCAAACCCCGGCGGGCAGUGAACAGUGUGGAGCUCCCUGGUGGGCGACAGGUCUACCUUAUUUUGGAAGAGCUCGGCGAGCUGGAGCCUGCAAUUCUCGAAAACGAGACAAAACUAGAUGCUUGUGAUCUCAUCUGCUAUGCUUAUGACUCGUCUGAGCCGGAUUCAUUCUCUCAUAUCGUAGAGAUGCGCUCCAAGUAUCCACAUCUUGAUGAAUUGCCAUCCAUCUACACUGCUCUCAAAGCCGAUAGGGAUAAGACGACCCAGAGAAGCGAGCUACAACCUGACCAGUAUACUUCCUCGCUGAAUAUGAGCACUCCUCUCCAUGUCAGCGUGAAAUGGAACAGCAUCGCUGAGCUUUUCGUGGCCCUGGCCGACACAGCAACGAACCCAAGUAAUGGCUUCCCGAAGAGCGAGGAAGAAGCACCGGACAGAACCAGCUUAUACAUGGCUCUAGGUGCCACGACAUGUGCAGGGAUUGCAGCACUCAUGAUUUGGCGUCGAGCAACAAACACGAUGUAA